UUUUCGGUGGUUUUCUCUCUCACGCGCGCACGCACACGGAGGGGAAGAGAGAGAGAGAUGUGAAAUAUUCUUUAUUGUUGAUAACGAUAAUGAUGAUGCUUCCUUAGAACUCACCUGAUCUUUUGAAAAGAUCUGGAUAUUUAUUUAAUUUUCUCUCGAUUUGGAUAUUCUGCAUUCGAGUAUAAAUUGACAUCUGUUUUCUGUUUAAUUGUACGAAUGUCUUGUGCUGAGCUGAAGAGGAGUUACUGAUUUUAUUAGGUAAAGAAAUGGCUUAUAGACAAGGAUUGACACUGAAAAAACCUAGUCAAAGAGCUACAGCCAAUAACAAUUCUUCCGCGUCGUCGACGACGUCAUCAUCUCGCCAGUUUCCGGAGCCUUCCAUAGACUGCCUGAGUUCGCCGGCAUCGUCAUCUGCACGAAGUAAACCUCAGUAUACAUACUCUGAAAGUGUUUUGGAUGUUGAGAGGUCUAAAGAGAAUGUUACAGUCACAGUGCGGUUUCGACCACUCAGUCCGAGGGAAAUCCGACAAGGAGAGGAGAUUGCGUGGUAUGCAGAUGGGGAAACUAUUGUGAGGAACGAGCAUAAUCCAUCAAUUGCUUACGCAUAUGAUCGAGUAUUUGGUCCAACCACCACAACGAGGCAUGUAUAUGAUGUUGCUGCACAGCAUGUUGUUAAUGGUGCAAUGGAAGGAAUCAACGGUACUAUGUUUGCUUAUGGGGUCACUAGCAGUGGAAAGACUCAUACCAUGCAUGGUGAUCAAAGGUCUCCUGGUAUCAUCCCUUUGGCUGUAAAAGACGCUUUCAGCAUUAUUCAAGAGACUCCAACUCGGGAAUUUCUCCUUCGUGUUUCAUAUUUGGAAAUCUACAAUGAGGUUGUUAAUGAUUUGCUGAACCCUGCGGGACAAAAUUUGAGAAUUAGAGAAGAUGCACAGGGAACCUUUGUUGAAGGAGUUAAGGAUGAAGUUAUAUUAUCCCCAGCACAUGCUCUAUCCCUUAUUGCAGCAGGAGAAGAGCACAGACAUGUGGGUUCAACAAAUUUCAAUUUGCAAAGCAGUAGAAGUCAUACAAUCUUCACACUGACUAUAGAAAGUAGCCCUUGUGGUGAAUACUCAGAAGGCGAGGCUGUUACCUUGUCACAAUUGAACCUGAUUGAUUUAGCUGGUUCUGAGAGCUCAAAGGCCGAAACAACAGGCUUGCGUAGAAAAGAGGGUUCAUACAUCAACAAGAGCUUGUUAACUCUUGGAACUGUUAUCUCAAAAUUAACGGAUGGGAAAUCAAUGCAUGUCCCUUAUAGAGACUCCAAAUUGACGAGGCUUCUCCAGUCCUCACUCAGUGGCCAAGGACGUGUAUCUCUGAUUUGCAAUAUUACUCCCUCGUCAAGCAAUUCUGAGGAGACACAUAACACAUUGAAGUUUGCGCAUCGAGCAAAACAUAUUGAAAUUCAAGCAGCGCAAAACAAGAUAAUCGAUGAGAAAUCAUUAAUUAAGAAGUACCAAUACGAAAUCCGCUGUUUGAAGGAAGAACUGGAACAACUGAAAAGAGGCAUAAUCACAGUUCCACAAAUAAAAGACAGUGCAGAAGGUGAUAUUAUGCUUCUGAAACAAAAGCUAGAAGAUGGUCAAGUGCGAUUGCAGUCAAGACUGGAACAAGAAGAAGAAGCUAAAGCUGCAUUAAUGAGCAGAAUACAAAGGCUGACUAAAUUGAUUCUUGUAUCUACCAAAACUUCCCAAUCACCUAAAUUUUCUCAACGAUCAGGACCAAGAAGAAGACAUUCCUUUGGAGAAGAAGAGCUGGCUUAUCUUCCACACAGACGACGUGAUCUUGUCCUGGAUGAUGAAAGUGUGGAUACGUAUGUUCCUCUUGAUAGUAGUGCCGAGACUGUGGAUGAAAAAUUGAGAGAAGAGAAAAGGACCAAGAAGACUGGAUUGCUUAGUUGGUUAAAACCUCGGAAACGUGAUAGUGGCAUAGGAGCCUUGGCAAGCUCUAGCGACAAGUCAAGUGGCGUCAAGUCAACAAGUAGUCCUUCAACACCUCAAGCUGAUAGCACAAAUAGUCACAUGGAAGCCAGACAUUCACAUUCUUUACCCUCAGAUAACACUCCUGUUGAUCAAAUAUCUGAUAUGAAGCAUACUGAAGAAGUGUUUGAACCUGAUGAUACAUAUCUGGGGCAAGAGACUUCACUGGGCAUUGUGAAGACUAUGGAUGAAAUUGACUUACUGAGUGAGCAGCAAAAAAUUUUGUCGGGUGAAGUGGGACUGCACAUGAGUGCCUUAAAACGAUUGUCAGAGGAGGCUGCUCAAAAUCCUAAGAAUGAACAUCUCCAUGCGGAGAUAAGAAAUUUAAAAGAAGAAUUUCACCAAAAAAGCAAUCAGAUUGCUUCACUGCAGCAGCAAAUUGACUCCGUCAUUCCUUAUGCUGGACAGGACAAACUGGAGGAAUCGCUGUCGGUAGCUGAUGUGGUGACGCAGUUAAAUGAGAAGGCACUUGAACUUGAGGUCAAAACUGCAGACAAUCGGGUUAUCCAAGAUCAACUGAACCAUAAGAUUGCUGAGUGUGAAGAGUUGAAAGAGACUAUUGUCUCAUUGAGAGAACAGCUAUCCGAUGUCGUUGAACAGAGAAACUUAAUCCCAUUGACCGGUCCUUUGCAAGGCUUUUCUGAAAGCGGAAACCUGCAUAUGGGAUAUCAAAUUGGUAGAGAAAAUUCAGUGCCGAGGGAUUCAAAUGGCACGUUGGUUCUACAAGCUCAGGCAAGUAGGAUUGAAGAACUAGAAAAUAAAUUAGCUGAACUGACAGCGUCAAGGGAAGAUCUAGAACAACGGAACCAGAAACUUGCAGAGGAGAGUUCAUAUGCAAAGGGAUUAGCAUCAGCUGCAGCAGUAGAGCUGAAGGCGCUUUCUGAAGAAGUUGCCAAGCUCAUGAACCACAAUGGAAGAUUAGCGGCCGAGCUGGAAGCACAAAAGAAGGUACCAGCUCAGAGACGUACUGCCAUUCCCAACAGGAACGGCCGGAAGGAUGGUUUUAGCAAAAAACCUGAUCCAGCUGUCUUAGCCUUGGAGAUGAAGAAAGAAUUGACUGUUAGUCGCGAAAGAGAGCAUUCGUUGGAAGCUGUACUAGCAGAAAAAGAUCAACACGAAGUUGAAUUACAGAGGAAAGUUGAAGAAUCCAAACAGAGAGAAGCCUACCUAGAGAACGAACUUGCAAACAUGUGGAUACUUGUGGCCAAGCUAAAGAAAUCUCAAGGAGCCGAGAAUGAUGAAUCGUCAAGGGAGAGCCUGAAGAUUGAUGACUCGUGAGAGUGAGAUUGAGUUCGAACAAAAUGAUUUCAGUAGUUAGGCUUUGUAAGUGGUAGUAGGAGACGGCGAGUUUUUGGUUGUGUAGUGCUUAGGUAGUUUGCUUUCUGGGCAAUGUGAGGAGCCCCUUUUUUAUCAAGUGUAUCUUGCCUGGCUUGGUUUGUUGUGUUCUUGGCUUGAAUGGUGAUUGUAAAAAGGUUGACACAGUUUCUAAUGCUAAUUUGUGGUGUACAA